UUGGGUUUGCAUGAUCAGUCAUUAUAAAGUGCUCAUUUUGGUCAUAUCAGGGCAAAAUGAUUGCUAUAACAGUACGUUUCAACCGCUCUCUAUUUCAAAUAGAAAAUUUUCGAAACAACCGUGUAGUUUUAAUGAAGCCACUGUUUGCCUACUGCUCUUUCUUAAGAUGCCAAGACGACUCUUUCAGUAGAAGGGACAGAUUAAUAGAUAUAACAGAAACGUGAUAUCACAAAGAAUUAUUAUUAGAAAGGAUUUAGAGAUAAAGGAAAUGCAACACCCCUUUGCAAUAAGCUUUAGUUCUUAUUUGAGUAAGCAUAUGAAUUCAUUACUUUUAUUUUAAAGUUUUCGUAAGCGUAUCCAUUGUUGUUAUACCACUUAAUCUUUUAGGGUUUUACACAGCCUAGGGAUAUUGUUGUAUUUCGGAGAUAAUGAAUGGAUGUAGAGUCCAUUUGAAUGAAUAGUGAAAUGUUCAACUCCUUUACUUUGUUAUUCGAGUACUAUUCGUAGCAUAUUUUCAAAGAUAAUAGGUCAUAGGUUUAGGAUACAUUAUAUUAGCCUCAGUUCUCUUAAAUAAGGCUUCCUAUACAAUGCCAUCUCCUUCAGGAUCAAUUCUCUAAUCGUGGUUUUUCCAACUGAAUUGUGUAUUCGGUUUGGUCCUACCUGUUGGGAAAACAUUUUUGGAGGACCGCCGGUCGAAUUUUACACCUUAUGUCGAGAGGAUAACCAAAAGAAGUUUUUUGAUCAUUUUCAACUUGCUGUUGAUAUAUUUUUGCUGAAAAUCAAAGUAUGCAAUGAUGAACUUCAAAGCAACAACUAACGCAUCAUUGUUCCAUGAAAUGCCACUUCUUUCAAUGACCUACAAUGUUAAGAUUAGACAGUUGACAAACCUAUAUAUACCUACAAACGGGUUAAAAGCUGUUUCUUUUUCUCAAGAAAACAAGUAUUCCACGAGGGCCUACUUUGCUGUUUACCCACAAACUGUAAAUGAUUUUAACAUAGUGACAAGACUAUUGCACUGUUACAAUGCAUCAUAAUGCAAAUCAGUUGUAGAAAUUACUUGGAAUUGUUGUAAUGAUCAGUACUGAUAUCAGACAUGCAUGUAGUCAUAUCUUCCUCGUCAACAGUUGUCAAUACCAAAUUACUCUUCCUAGUUACUAACGCUCUCUAGGAAAAUAUCAAAGACAAACACCGACUAUUCUGUGACACUUUUGUAUUGGGAUCGCUUUACUAAACAAAAUCCUUCUUUUGUCUGAAAUCUUGGAUUAAAUAUUUGUCAAGCCGAAUAAAGAAUGUUUAAUGACUGUUUUGUCCAGGGAAAUGCAGGUUGUUGUCAUAAAGAUGUCACCUGAAGGUGAAUUUGCUGACGGAUCUCCAUUCAUAAUGAAACAUCACUGACUUCAAAUAUGCAGUAUUUGGAAGCCUAUCUGUCACUGAAAUUGUGAGUUGCUUUCCGUAGAUCCUUCUCUAUCGUUUUAAUUUCGGUAGGGGAGGUCAGAAGCUGUUGACAUUUGAUGACGAAAGGUGCAGGCAUUAUUGAAUUGCUACAAAUCUGAUGUCCAAACAGGAUCCACUAGAUUCAUUGAAUUAGCAUCGAAAGAUCCUCAGUAGAGUACUCAAGUCGCUUUAUGUGACGUAUAUUGAACGAGUUUAUAGUGGUUAUCUAUCGUUUGAGAGUAUUGACUCAAUAACAGAGUCUAAUGAGGAUCGAAGAAGCUUUUUGAUCAUCUAUUUACAACUGGGUGACUUUUGCAGUUGUGCCUCAGUAAAUCACAUCACAGCAUUGCCUCAAUUUAUUGACCAUUGUGUGAAAAGUCUAGAAUGAUUUGCAUUGAAAUUGAUUUCCCGAAGAUCAUCAGUCCUUCCACUCCAAAUAUUUGUUGUUCAUGAAGUCAGGGCUGUAUCUUCCUGCAACAAAGGAGGUGAUAACGCUUGAUCAACCAUUUGCUGCUUCACAAUGACAACAGACAACACGAGCUUAGUUAAUUGCAUCCUAUGACUAGUUUUGGAAUGACUGUUUUCAUCCACGGCUGUAUUUUUUGGAGCAAACACAGUAACAAUAAAACACAAACCUGCUGCAGUUGGGUUUUCUUGUGCUCGAGAAACAUUUAACUUCUCAGCUGAACAUCGCUCGACAUGAAUCUUAUAAGCAGCUGAGUUUUCUUGUAAAACUUUAGCUUGGUGCAGAGUGUAUUCUAAGGUUACUUAUUUUCAAAACAUUUUACAAUAAAAGGAAAAACGUUUUGGUUUUGGUCUCGAGUCGUUUGCAGAUCAUGUCAUCAAUAUCCUGCAAGGAAUGUUACGAUGCCAUUAUGCUAUCAGAAAGGGGUGGAUUUCUGGAUGAUUCAAUGCAUUAUCUGUCCCUUCACGAUGAUGAACUAUCAUUGUUUUCGGUUGAAGAGAGCAAGGAGUACAUGAUAGAAAGUCCAAGGUACAACUAUUUGCCAGACAUUAAGGAUGAACCAUGGACCCCUUUUGACAUCCGUCAGACCCUAAGAAAGGUAUCUCGGUUGCGGAACAGAGAGCACCUUUUUACAGACAAAGCAAUUACAGAGGUAUCUAGGAUACUAAAAAUUCUACUUACACGCCUAGCGAGAGAAAUCCAAAGAUUUUCAAAGAUAUUUAACGUGUGUACUAGAAAUGAGGUGUACUCAGCGACGCAAGUUAUCUUCAAUAAAGCUGUUUCCCGAGCGUGCAUUGGAAACAGUUACCAGGCGUACUAUCUAUACGUCCAUUCCAUUAACAGAAAUACUGAAAAACACCUCCGCAUGUCCAAAUCAGAGCGAUCUGGCCUGGACAUCUCCGUCGGAAGGGUCUUUAGAUGGAUGGUCAGGAAUAAUCUUGCCAACCACAUCUCUGAUUCAGCUGCUGUGUAUUUUACCGCUAUUCUCGAAUACCUCAUUGAAGAAAUUUGCUACCUGAGUGACCAAGCGAUAAACAAAAAGAAGGCUGGACUGGUUGCAAACUACAGUAUCCUUGCCGAUGAUAUCAUCGUCUCACUAUCUGGGAAGCCAGAUAUAUGGAGAGCAGCUCAGGUCUACGAGCAUUUAUCUACAGUUAAAUGCACUGGAGAGUCACCUUUUGAUCAGCCUAAGGAAAUGUUUUUCCAGCCAGUCCGCAGUUUUGUCAGAGAGGACAACAAAACCUGCAACACAAAAUGCUUCGCUUCAAGAGAAGAAGUUGCGUCAAUCAUAGAGAAAGCCUCGGUGUUUGAUUUGCCAGACACACCUCGCCAUCGCAGCGUUAGGCGCCGCAGUAGCCCAGCUAUCCUACACAGCACUAAAAAAACUUCUGAUGGUAUACCAUGGACUAAUUCUGCAAUCGAUACACUCUUCGAAUUUACUAAAUGUCCUCGGAAACGAUUUCCAGAGGAUGGAGAAACUGAUGAUAUAUCCCAAAGUAGCCCAGUUCUAGAAAGCAAUCCUUGUGAGGAUGCACAUCCUAUAAGCGAAUGGGUCAGAGUUUGUGGAGUAUUCGCCAAAAGCAGGCUUGGAAAAUGCAUUGAUGCUGAUGACGUCAAACAGGCUGCGCGUGUGCUCCUACCUAGCUGUUUUUGCCUCGCAAGAGAAGCCUGGCCAAGUUCUGAAUCUUGUCAGCCAUCUUUAUCACAGCUAAAUGAGGACGAGAUGGUUAAUAGCCCAGCCAAGGCUCACUUGAGCAACCCAUUUUUCAUGAAAACAUUACUUGAUUCCAAACACGAUGGUGAACGAAAAAGGAUUUUCGCACAAUACUCAUCUCAAAAUUUAAACAGACAUGACUCAAAAGGAAUGACAAUUCUGAUGUACGCCUCUUUACACGGAAACAAGAGCCUUUGUAAAGACCUUAUUGAGAGAAGAGUUAACUUGAAUGCGAGGGUUCCUUUUGAUGCGCAAGAAAAUGAUUGCAUUCCGGCAACAAUCAAGGGUUGGAGUGCUCUGUCUUUUGCGGUCACAUCGGGACAUGGUGAAAUUGUCAAGACGCUGCUUGAAAAUGGAGCUAUACCGGAUGAUUUAUUUAUCCCUGGAGCUGCGGACGUGCUGUCGCCUUUGCACUUAGCUGCUGCAGCCGGACAGUUUACAAUAUUCACACAGCUUCUAUCUAAGCGUGUAAACACCACUUUGGUGAGCAAAGAGCUGGAAAAUCACGGAGCUCAAGAUGCUGAUGAGAAUUUACAGAAAAUGCAUCUUCAUGGUCUUGCAGCUGCCCAUGGUCGAAGAAGAACACUUAGGAAACUACUGUCUGUUCCAGAUCAAAUUAGAAUAGAAAAGCCAGGAAAGAGGGGAAACUUAUCCCUUGUAGAGGCUCUUUCAGAGGAAAGGGAGGAAGUUCCUGAAGAAGAAACAGACCAAAGUAGAAGGAAAAUUUUAAAGGAAGCGAUGUAUGAAAGUGCAGAGCAUGGCUAUGUACAUAUUGCAUUAGAAAUUCGAAGUCUUGAUACCCCCUGGAAUUACCAUACGUGGAUCACUACCCUCGCGUAUGCCCAUGAGUACAACGAUAUGGAGGCAGUCCAGUGUCUGCUUCUUGACUUCCCAGAUAUCAGUGACGCUGAACUAUCCAGCGGUAUCAAUGAACGUCAUGCCUGCAUGUUUUUUGAAAUAUUUCGUGAUAAUCCGUCGUCCAGUAUUCAACAAGUUGCAUCCAUUAUAUCUAUGUUUUAUGGUGAAACGCCAAAAAUAGAUGUCAGAGCCGUAGAAGAAGACCACACAAACAAUUUACCAAAAAUAGGAACAAAGUUUGUCAACAGCAAAGAAAUGGCUGAUAUUAUUUUCAAUAUAGAAGGAAAACCCUUCUAUGCACAUAAGAUUAUACUGCAGAAUGCUUCAAAAAGAUUAGAGGAAUUGACAAGAUGUGUAGAUGACAAGGGAGAAGUGAACAUAGAUGGCAUUAAAUACUCUGUUUUUGAGGCUGCGAUGCAGUUCUUAUAUAGUGGUGGCGUAUUGUAUCAAAGCCAACCAGAUAAGGUCCUUGAGUUGCUUGAUUGCGCAGCCAAACUUCAGCUACCAUCAUUGAAGCAAACUUGUGAAUUUGAAAGUGCAAGACAUAUGACAUCUUAUAAUGCAGUCGAUGUUUAUUUGAGUUCAAAGGCUUGCAAGGCAUAUCAGCUAGAAAAAUAUUGCUAUCACUUCUUCCUUGCCAAUCUUUCGCUUAUGGUUUCAAGAGAUGAGUUUGUCAACUUGCUAGACAAAAACAAAAAUAUCUUUGGUUAUCUUGAGCAAGAGUUCCUGCAAAGUUUGCUUGGAAAACAGACAGACAGUGCCAACAUCGUAACCGCAACUUACCUAUGAUACAAACUCAAGCUUCUUAGUCAACUGGGUAAAAGCAUCGCCCCUGAAAGAUUAUGAAAAUGGAAUAUCCAAUCUGACAUGUUAAGUACUUGAAGAUUUAUUAAAUGAUAGUUUCAUUUAAAGGCAUGUAUCAUUCUUUCUCUGCUUGUUCCCAGAUUUCUACUCUCAGAAAAACAUGCUGUGUCCAGAGGCAUAGCAAAAGAGGGCAUGCCACAGUAGGGCCCAAGCGACGACUUUCAUUUACAGCAAUCUUGCUUUUCAUUGUUAAACCUUAGAUCUCUGUAUAAAUAAACUUUAAACUGGUGAAAGAAAUAUCCUCCCUUUAACUACAUAAUCCAUUACAAGAAAGCCCAGUAGAAUCUCCUUAAUGCCAAGUUUUUUAACUUAGACACAUUCCUUGCUUUAUGCUGCUAGGCACAAAUUUGAGAUCCUUGUCCAC